AUGGCGCCAUCUAUCGGCGUCUCGGAAUACUACGCAAGAAAAAGCAUCUUCAUAACUGGUGCAACGGGAUUUAUGGGAAAAGUUCUCAUAGAGAAGCUUCUGCGUUGUUGUCCAGAAAUCAACAAAAUAUAUCUGUUGAUGCGACCAAAGAAAGGCCUGGGAACAAAAGAACGCCUUGACGACUUUAUUAACUGCCGCGUUUUUGACAAAUUACAAGAUCUGUCGCCAAAAGUAUUUGACAAACUACAAGUGGUCCCUGGAGACAUACUGCAGGAAGAUAUAGGUAUUUCUAUUCAGGACUGGGAGGAGCUGCAAAGAGAAUGUCAGAUCAUUUUCCACUGCGCGGCUUGUGUAAGAUUCGACAUGUUUAUUCGAGAUGCUAUUAACUUGAACACUGUGGGCACUAUGAAGGUGCUGAAAUUAGCUGAAAGAAUGAAGAAGCUUGAGGCAUUUCUACACGUUUCUACGGCAUACUGCCGUUGCGAAUUACCGCUCCUAGAAGAACGUCUAUACCCUUCACGGUAUCUACCUCAAAAUGUGGUAGAUUGUGUCAAGUUGAUGGACGAUGACCUGCUUAGUUGCUUAGAGCAUAAGUUGAUCGAACCUCAGCCAAACACCUAUGCCUACACAAAGUCUUUGACUGAAGACCUGGUGUCACAAUACGCUGGAAAAUUCCCCAUCGCUAUCGCACGGCCUUCUAUUGUAACAGCAGCUCACAAGGAACCAAUGCCAGGUUGGGUAGACAAUAUGAACGGACCUACAGGGCUACUGGUUGGAGCGGGAAAAGGGGUAAUCAGGACAAUGCACCUUAACGACACAUAUCGAGCAGACAUGGUUCCCGUUGAUAUGGCUGUCAAUGGGUGUAUUUUAUUAGCGUAUAUUACUGCCAUUGAAAAACCAAAGGAGAUCAGAGUGUGCAAUAUUACCGAAUCGGGACUAAACCCUAUUACUUGGGGACAAGGAAUAGAUAUGGGUCGUGUACACGUACAAGAGUUCCCAUUUUCCGUAUGCCUGUGGUACCCUGGCGGUUCAACCAAGAGUUCACGAGUACUACACCUGAUUGCUGUCUUCUUCACGCAUGUCCUACCCGCCUACUUCGUUGAUCUGCUCAUGUUCCUCAUGGGGAAAAGGACGUUUAUGGUGAAAAUACAGAAACGUGUCAACUACGGCCUCGAGGUGUUACAGUAUUACACGACGAAGGAGUGGUUUUUCAAAAACGAUUACUUCUUAUCAUUACAGAAUAAGAUUUCAAAGCAGGACAACGAAAUAUUCUAUACGGAUAUUGGGGUAAUAAAUUGGAACGCAUAUAUAAGAAAUUAUAUGAAGGGAGCUCGUGAAUAUUGCUGCAAAGAAGAUCCAUCUACUUUACCACAGGCAAGAAGAUUGCAAAAACGGUUGUACUAUUUGGACAAGGUCGUGCAAAUGAUUAUCUACUGUUUGUGCGUUUACUUCAUCUACUAUUACGUGAUACGGAUCUUUAGUUAG